UUCAGUAUACUUCAAGUUAUAGGAGAAGGGUGGAAACUUGGAUGCUCUCUCUCUUUUUCCCUCAAUUUCCUUCUCUGCUCUCUCUCUCUUGCGCUCCCUCUCCCCUUCUCUGCUGUUUAGAAUCCCAGUACCAUUCAGUCCAGAGGAGACACCAGCCAGACAUACAAUCUGAUUCUGAAGGAAAGAUGAGGCACCACUUGAUUCUUCACCUGUCAUGUGUGAGUCUGGUUAUGCUCUGGGGCCAUGGCUGUGCCAGGCAUGUGCCAAUGGUCUACAGCAUUUCCAUGGAUGGCAGUGGUGACGGAGGGGAGCCGGAUCUUAUAUUCCCCGUUGAUAGCCCCCACCACCCUGUCUCCCCCACCGCCGAUGUCGCCCCCACCGUCGAUGUCGGCCCCGUUGAUGUCUCCCCUGUCUCCCCCACCACUACCCUAGCCCCCACCCUGGUCAGCACCAUCACCAACACCAUCACCACCACCAUGAUCCGCCUCAAGGACUUUAUGGUCACCCGGGUGGUGGACUUCCUCCAGGAUAAUAUGCUGAUCAUCAUUGUGGUCACCUCCCUCCUCAUUGUCAUGAUCUUCAUCAUCUGCUGUGCCGCUACCAUGAGCCAAAAGCGCAAGUUGGAGGCCUACAAACUCCCUGCCAACUCACCCAGCAAGUACAUGGACCACACGGCGGAAGGAGUCAAAUCCUCCAGUGAGGUCCAGACUAGGGUGUGCGGCGGGCCUGACUCAGCCAGGAGGGUCCAGAUCCAGGGAACCCCCAAGAAUCUGCGCACCCCUUCUGCUGCGCUGGUGGGGGAAAAGGUGGGCAAGGAGCCCAAACCGAAGGAGGUCCAGAAAGUGAAGGAUGUAGAGGAGAAGGAGACGCGGAGAGUGGAGCCUAAGCACAAAGGGCAGAAGGCUGAGGAGGUGCAGCAAUGCUCCAGCCCCAGCACCAGCACCAGCACCAGCCAGCCUAUGGUCUGCACCUGCCACCUGAGGAAGGCCAACCACUAAGUAUAGGUUGGGGCUCCAACCAUGUAAACUAGCAAAAAAAGGAGAGCGAAACCUUUUCUUGUGCGGAGGGAACUCCCUGGGUAUGUCCGCUGCUGUGUGCCAAACUUGUAUGUGGAAUCUGACCUUGUGGAUACCUUUUAGCAUACAGAUACUGUACAAUUAGGUCUAAAGAGCAUACUAUCAGGCCUUAAAAACAUAAUGAAUUUCAGCCCUGACUCCUUUUUGAUAUAUCUGAUAAUUUAUUCCUCCUAUACUUUCCUUGUUGUAGAAAACAGUCAUUGUGAAAUAUGAGAUUUGUUCAUCAAUUGAUAGCUUUCAAAGCGACAUAUCAAAACAUAUACCAAGACAGUGUUUAUAGGAUGUUUGCAUGUUAUUACUGUUGGGAAAUUGUACUGCUCAGUUAAGCUUAACUAAAGAGAUGUAGAUCACACAGAAAAAAGAAAGUUAUCUUCUGUGAACGAGAGAAAGCCAAGCUUAUUUCUGUUUGCUAACUCUAUGGUGAUAACCUGGCCAGUUGAUUUCAACACAGUCAAUGAUUGAUGUGAGAAAAUGUAUUUUCUUUAAGCAAUGGACUUCUUUUUCUCUUUUACUUCAUUAGAAAUGUUACAAUUAUAUACACGUCACACUGGGUGCUUUGUGGAUUAAUAUUGAAGAGAAUUUGCUAAUGCUAAAUGGAUAGACGGUAGAGCUGCUUUUGUUUUUGUAUUACAUUAUCUAUUUUUUCCGAACAUCAAAACAACUGUGAUUUGCAGGUGCGAGGAUGUGGUUACAAAGGUCAGUGCAAGUUUUUAUUAAAAAUUGACUUACAUUACUCAAGUAAAUUAAAAUCCCCAAAUUCUCCUGAAUCCCUUUAAGGAUUGUUUUACAGUGACCCUCAGUUCUGCUGUACAUUAUGGUCAUUUUGUUUGGUAAUGGAUCUUAUUUUAUUUUUGUCCAGUUUCAAUAGAGAUUUUGUUGAUAUUUGUUUUUCUGGAAAUUGUGUAAAAGACUUACAUUGAGUGUGAGAUUUCACCAUGUUCAUUAAGUGUUUCUAAAACAUACACUGAACAAAAAUAUAAAUGCAACCUCUAAAGCGUUGAUCCCAUGUUUCAU